GUCACAAAAUGAUGGAUUCAAUUUUAAAACGUGAGAAGCUUAUUGAGGAAGUGAAAAUCAAAGAAGGUGAAGUAGACAGGAUUAGCAAUUUACCCAGAACUGUUAUUGGCCAUAUUCUCUCCUUCCUUCCAACAAAAUAUGCGGUGGCAACUAGCGUUUUGGCAACCAAAUGGAAGUAUCUCUGGACAUCAAUCUCUAGUUUUGACUUCGACGAUGAGUUGGUAAGCAAUCAUACCCAACAGGAUAACACUGAUCCGUCAAUAAAAGGGAGUUUCAUAAAUUUUGUUUAUCGAGUGAUGCUACAGUGUAAUGUGUCAGAUAUACAUAAAUAUCGUCUCAAAUGCAGCCAGAUUUAUGAUGUUUCACAUCUUAAUGCAUGGGUUUGUACUUCACUUUUGCGUAAUGUUGGAGAACUUUAUCUUAUCAUUCCUAUGGAAGGGCAUAUGGAACUGCCCCGCGACCUUUUUACUAGUAAUUCUCUGGUAGCACUAAAACUGGGUACUAGAGCAGUUACCAAUGGCCUCCUGCUCUGUGCUGAAAAACCAGAAAACAAAUCUGAUGUGGAAUGGAUUUUGUUACAUCGGCAUGCACGUUCUCUAUGGAGUAAGCUUGAACAGCUAUAUGCAAGACAGACUGGAAAUAAUAAAUUGUUUCUGAUUAAGCAGAUGAUGGCUUUGUUUUCUGGUUUGAUUGAGCUUAACACACCAAACCUUCAACACCUUAAAUACAAUGAUUAUGUAGCAGAAGGCUAUUCAGUUACAAGCUGCCUAAAUUCUCUUGUCAAGGCUUACAUUGAUAUUGGACUAUAUAGCGCAUCAGGUGCGACGUUUGCUGACCGUGAUUCAUCUACUGAACCUCUUGCUGUAGUAGAACUUCUUGAUGGAAUAUGGAAUGUUCGAUGGGACCUUCUACCGAAUGUACUUGAAAGCUCGCCACAACUUAAAACUCUUGUUUUUGAGGAACUACAUCUUGCUGAACGGGAAGAAGGCCACCAUAAGCAUUGGCAUUCACCUCAGAGAGUGCCAUCUUGUUUAUUGUUUCACCUCAAGGUAAUUGAAAUUAAGUGGUUCACCGGGGAAAGAGACGAGUUUAAUGUGGUAAAGUAUUUUUUGAAGAACGCAAAAGUCUUGAAGAAAUUGGCUAUGCAUACUGCUCGGUAUGGGAAGUUGAAACUUUGCAAGAAACUAUUAAUGCUGCCCAGGGAUCGAAGAAUUGCCGAGUUGCUGUUGCUGUUUCUUGACUUCUCUCCCCUCUUAUAUAGUUUUGGCUGCUUAGCUUGUGAACAUCUUUUUGCUAUUGUGAGGGGGAUAUGUUUAUUAUCUAGCAUGCAUCUUUUUAAUGUGAAAGCCAUCUUUUUCUGA